GUUUUUAUCUCGGUUUAGCUCACCAAGGAUGGACCUAGUCAAUGAGGGUUUUGGCAGAUAUAAAGUCAUUCUCUUUAUGUCCAUCGGUGAGUUUGCCAUCACCUCGAUCAAACUGGAAUUUCGUCAAGGAUUGUUGCACACGGAACUAAAGAAAUUGAACGGCGGUCAAAAUGAAGGAACCCAAGGAGCUGGAGAAGCAAGUUCUAGACGACGGCUAUCAAGCUGACGUGGUCGUCACCACCAAACUCAAGCAACUCGAUCCAGAUUGGAUUGAAGCCCCGAUAAAAGAGAAAUCUUAUUUUGAAAAAGAUAAAAAGUCAAAAAAGAAGAAAGGCGGCGACGAUGAAGAAAAAUCAAACCAGCCUUCAGCAGUCCCGCCAGUUGGAUUUUUCCAAUUAUUUCGAUUCGCCAACGGCUUUGACAUUUUCCUGAUGAUGAUCGGCAUAGUUAGCAGCAUUUGCACUGGUCUUUGCCAGCCGCUCAACGUGUUGCUCAUGGGUGACCUCACAGGUGCUAUGGUCGACCAAGCACUCAAUGGAUCUCAAUGGAACGCUACAAAUCCCCCUCCUCCCGAGGUCAUUGAAACGAUUCAGCAAACUUUCCUCGACGCCGUCGUCGCGUUCGCCGUCAACAACACCAUUUUGGGCGCGGUGAUGUUGGUGCUUUCUUUUACCGCCGUCGCCUGCUUUGAUAACGCGGCCAAACGUCAGGUUAAUCGAAUCAGAGAUUUGUACUUGAGAAGUGCUUUGAGACAAGACAUUGGCUGGUAUGACACUAAUAUGACCGGCGAUUUGGCUAGCAAGAUGGCUGAGAACAUUACAAAAUUGGAAGAUGGCAUUGGAGAAAAAGUCGGCAUGUUCAUCCACUUUAUUUCCGCUUUCCUUGGCUGCAUGGUUUUGGCCUUCAUCAACGGCUGGGAACUGACUUUGAUUUGCCUCAUCUCGCUGCCAGUCACCAUGAUUUCUGUCGGAAUCGUCGCUGUUGUGACGACGAGACUGGCGCGUAGGGAAGUUGAAGCUUACGGCAAAGCGGGCAGCAUCGCCGAGGAAGUUUUGAGUAGCAUCAGGACAGUGAUUGCUUUCAACGGCCAGAAAAAAGAAUCACAUAGAUACGACGGAAACUUAAUCUUUGCUCGCGACAACAAUAUCAAGCGGUACUUCUUCUCUGGCCUAGGGUUUGGCCUGCUGUGGUUCUUCAUCUACGCCAGCUACUCGCUCUCCUUCUGGUAUGGAGUCGGUCUCGUCCUAGAGGAAAGAAAUCUACCACCUGAGGAGGUUACGUACACUGUUGCAGUGAUGGUCACCGUGUUCUUCGGCGUAAUGAUGGGCUCGAUGAACAUCGGCAUGACGUCGCCCUACGUGGAGACCUUUGGCAUCGCCUGCGGUGCCGCCGGCUCGGUCUACUCGGUGAUCGACCGAGUGCCGCCAAUUGACAGUUUGAGCGACGCCGGCGAAAAGUUGGACCAGGUCAAAGGGUCGAUCAAGUUCAAGAGGGUGCGUUUCCAGUACCCUUCGCGGCCCGACGUGGAGGUGCUCAAGGACCUCGAACUGUCCAUCCAACCGGGCAAAACGGUCGCCCUGGUCGGUUCCUCCGGUUGCGGCAAGUCCACCUGCGUUCAACUCAUUCAGCGAUUCUACGACCCGGUCGAUGGCCACAUCGAACUGGACGGACACGACAUCCGGACGCUCAACCUCAACUGGCUGCGUAACCACAUCGGCAUCGUCGGACAAGAGCCGGUGCUGUUUGGCGCCACCAUCAAGCAGAACAUCCGCUACGGAAACGAGAAGGCCUCAGACGAGGACAUUAUCCAGGCGGCCAAGGACGCCAAUGCGCACGACUUUAUCAUGAAACUGCCACAGCAAUAUGACACCCUGGUAGGUGAGCGUGGAGCUCAGCUCUCAGGAGGACAAAAACAGCGCGUCGCUAUUGCAAGGGCGUUGAUCAGGAAACCGGCAAUUCUUCUCUUGGAUGAAGCCACCUCAGCUUUGGACACUAACAGCGAGGCUAAAGUACAGCAGGCUUUAGACAGAGCUAGCCAAGGACGUACCACCAUCAUCGUUGCUCACCGCCUCUCGACAAUUCGUAACGCAGACAAAAUCGUUGUGCUCAAUGGAGGGUACGUGGUGGAAGAAGGAACGCACGCCGAACUUAUGAAAGUGCACGGACACUACCACGAAUUGGUCACCGCACAGCUCUCUUCCGACAUGGAGGUCCACGCCAGAGCUAAAGAGGAGGAAGCAGAGGGCGUAGGAUUGAGACGGCGACUGGUGAGCGAAUCCAGCAGCACGCACAGUGCGGAAGUUGAGGCGUACAUUCCGGUCAAAGAAGAAAAACUGAAGGAAGAAGUCGCGCCAAAGGUGCCUUUGUUAAAAAUCAUGCAAACCAACAAGCCGGAAUGGUUGUACAUCACUUUGGGCUGCAUCACGGCCGCCCUGGUUGGCUUCAGCAUGCCGCUUUUCUCCGUCAUUUUCGGCGACAUCCUUGGAACCCUGUCCAACCCCGUAGACCAAGAGGUGCGUGACGAGGCCAACAUGUUCUGCCUUUAUUUCCUGAUAUUGGGCAUCAUCAUCGGCAUAUCCUCUUUUGUGCAGAUCUACACAUUCGGCGUGGCCGGCGAACGUUUGACCCUCCGACUGCGCUCACAGUCCUUUGCGGCUAUUCUGAAACAGGAGGUGGCCUAUUUCGACUCAGAUGCUAACAGCGUCGGAGCCCUUUGCUCGCGACUCUCCGGAGACGCGGCCAACGUGCAGGGGGCGACGGGCACAAGGAUCGGCACCGUUCUCCAAUCGAUUUCCACCCUUGUUCUCGGCCUCAGCAUCGGCCUCUUCUACGAGUGGAGGUUGGGUUUGGUGGCUCUGGCCUUUGCACCCUUCAUGAUGAUUUCGAUGUUCUUGAUGAGGCGAAUGAUGGCCGGAGAAAACCAGAAGAACCAGAAAGGAAACACCGGAAUCGAAGAAGCGUCAAGGAUUGCAGUCGAAUCAGUCAGCAACAUUCGCACAGUGUCUGGUUUGUGCCGAGAACGGUCCAUCCAUGAGGAAUACAUGCGAGAACUGGAGGCGCCUUUCAGAAAGUCGCUCAGGUACUCCGCCACACGCGGCGUUGUCUUCGGCAUCGCCAGGUCGCUCAUGUUCUUCGCGUACGCCUCUUGCAUGUGCUACGGUGGCCACCUUAUCGUCAGUGAUGGUGUCGAAUAUGCUAGUGUUUUCAAGACCGCCCAGGCCAUCAUCAUGAGCACCAUGUCGGUGGCGCAGGCCAUGGCUUUUGCGCCAAACUUCUCUAAAGGACUGAUGUCGGCUGCCAAAAUUUUCCAGCUGCUUGAACGCGACCCCGCCAUCAAAGAUAAACAAGGAGCCAUUGAAGGACCUCUGGACACAAAGGGCAACGUGAACUACAGCGACCUCCACUUUGUGUACCCGACGAGGCCAAACGCACCUGUGCUCAAGGGUCUCAAUUUGUCAAUUAAGCCAGGCCAAACAAUCGCCCUUGUCGGGCCCAGUGGCUGCGGAAAGUCCACUUGCAUUCAGCUGCUUGAGCGCUUCUACGACCCAAUCUCGGGCGCUGUGGAAUUGGACGGUCGCGAUAUUAGCGACAUGCAGAUGACGGCGCUGCGCUCCAACUUGGGCAUCGUGUCGCAGGAGCCGGUGCUAUUCGAUCGCACCAUCGCUGAUAACAUCGGUUACGGAGAUACCUCGAGGGAAGUGGAUAUAACGGAAAUCAUCGAGGCGGCCAAAAACGCCAAUAUCCACAACUUCAUUACUUCGCUGCCACAGGGCUACGACACUAGGCUCGGUGAAAAGGGCACUCAGCUGUCAGGUGGACAAAAGCAGAGGAUUGCCAUCGCCAGGGCACUGGUGAGGAACCCUCGAGUUUUGCUGCUGGAUGAAGCCACGUCUGCUUUGGAUACCGAAAGUGAGAAGGUGGUUCAAGAGGCUUUGGAUAAAGCGCGCCAAGGCAGGACUUGCAUUACAAUCGCCCACCGACUCACCACCAUUCAGGACGCUGACGUCAUCUGCGUCGUCGACAAAGGACAAAUUGCUGAGGCAGGUAAGCAUUCCGAACUGCUGGCAAAGGGAGGCAUCUACUACAAGCUGCACUCGCUCCAGGGUGGAGCAAAAUGAACAAAUUACAUGUAUUUAUUUUAAUAUGAAGAAAUCUUUCAUAAUUGUUAAACAAUUAAAAAGUGGUGAAUUUGAGGACAA